AUGAUGGAAGAAUGCCAACUGCGUGUCGACGACCUUCGUCGUCGUUUAGAUGAAUCGCUGGCAGCGUUUCACCGGUCGACAACACUUCGUGAAACAAAACCGCGCGCUCUUCAUAUCGUACGGCAGAAUAAUAUGGAAACUCUGAUUGAGAUCAGCAACCCUGGAGAACGUGCACGUUUUGAUCGUUUAAUGGCGUCGUCGCCUUUGAAUGUGAUCUGCUGCAACGGUGCUACUCCGGCUGUCGCCACGAGUCCUGCGGAUUCCACAGAUUCGGGCGUCGCGGUUUCACCUCUAUCGUCUCCUGUGAGUGGCGCCAAACAUUCGCCAUUCUAUCAGUACUCGGAACAAAGUCGUAUUGGAAUGCGGCAGCGUUCUGCAAGUGAGUGUGCCGACUGGGACGGCAUUGUACUGAAAAGUAUUCUCAAAAAACCUCAACGAAGCGAGCGAUUCUCGAGAUCUAUCUCGGAAUCUCAUCAUUUCACAUCGGAACCUAUGCACCUUUCGUUACUGAUGGAGUCGACUACAGAAGUUGACGAGAGCGAUGCACAUACCGAUCAUGAAAGUCAAAUGGUCGUGGAACGAAAGAAGCGAGUUUCAUUCAGUGAAAAAGUGCAAGAACGACGUUUCCGUGUCGGACAAUGUAUUCUAACGGCUGCGAAGAAGAGUGAAAGAAAACGGGCUUACAGAAAACGUAAAGAGGAAAGACAACGCAGUCUUAGUGAGGACGAGCAGAGUCAGUUAGACUACUUGCAGAAUUGCGAGGCUAAAGAGAAGGAGACCUCUUGCGGGGACAUUGACGCUGAAGAAAAACCUGGCCUUCGGUCGGAACGCCAAGAUAGCGGUUUUGUUGACGGUGACGAGAAUGACUACGUGGACGAUGAAGAGAAAGAGGCAUUUCCACCGAAUGGGACUCUAAUUAGUCCUGAAGAUCGUUGGAAGAAUAUUGUGCGUCAACAAAGAGAAGUAAGUAGUCAAAUUUUGCCACUGGAUUAG